AUGGAAUGUAAACACCAGACAGCAACGGCUGUUACUGCUAUCCGGCAAUCAACACUUGCUAGUCUUCUUUUCUCUAUUGUGAUGAUUUUACUUAUCGUUGAUGGUACAUUAGCAAGUUCUACAAGUGAUGCAAAAAUUAUCUCAACGCAAGAUGAAAUUAUUACCUAUGUUAACCAUACAGCUAGAUUAUCAUGUAUUAUAGAAAAUAAAGGCCAACAUCAUAUCACAUGGUCUCGUGUUACAUUUAUAAAUGAAACACAAAAAAUAACUACUCUUCUAUUUGUUGAUCUAUUAAAAUAUACACAAUCUAGUCAUUAUCAUUUAACACGCAUGAUCGAACGAGAUAAUCGUGAACAUUGGAAUCUUGAAAUACGUAAUGUCCAUCUAUCUGAUCAAGGUUAUUAUAGCUGUGUACUAACAGAAAUUAAGCCAAUAUCAAAAAUAUUCCAUGUCAAGGUUCUCGAACUUACACGCAAUCCGCUACUUGCUCUACGUUCAACAUCGGAUGCACAUACAAAUAAUGUGCAAAGACGAUCAAAGGAUGAUAGCUUUUCAUCAUUAUCCUUACUAUCAUCAUCAUCAUCAUCAAUAUUAACAAUAUUUUUAAUGAACAUUUUAUUAAUAAUUAUUUAA